AUGGCAAGGUGCUCUUGGACAAUAUUGUUUCUUCUCUCUGCCCUUUUCCUUCAGACAGAGCAGACAGUGUUUAUAUCAGCUGAUGAUGCGAACAAAGUUAUCAAGAGACAGAAGCGUGCCAGUUCCCUACUUUUGGAGGAGGUCCUCCAAGGCAGCUUGGAAAGGGAAUGCCUUGAAGAGAGAUGUACGCGUGAAGAAGCAAGAGAAGUAUUUGAAAACGAUGAAAUGCUCAAAAUGUUUUGGGAUGCCUACUACGGCGGCAGGAGGUGCUCGUCGAGCCCCUGCCAGCACAAUGGCGUGUGUGAGGACAGCAUUCGCGGCUACACCUGCACCUGUGCCGAAGGCUACGAGGGAGAGAACUGUGCUUUCGCUAAAAAUGAAUGUCACCACCAAGCAAAGGAAGGAUGUCACCACUUCUGCUACCCGGGAAGUAAUUCCUACCGUUGUUCCUGUGCUGAUGGCUAUGAGCUUGGUAACGACAAAAAACAGUGCAUUGCCUUAGAUCAAUGUGCAUGUGGCAGACUUCAAGACAGUUAUAGUCUGAUAAGUGAAACCAGGAAGAAAAGUGAUGAGCGAUUUCCUUGGCAGGUUCUGCUGCUGAACUCAGAAGGGAGGGGCUUCUGUGGAGGAGUGCUGCUAAAAAGUAACUUUGUGUUGACUACAGCGGAGUGCGCCCUUCUGCACAGCCAUUUUGAAAUCAGGGUUGGUGCUGGUCCUAAUGGAACAAGCGGAACUGAGGAGAUAAUGCAAGUUAAGGAGAAACACAUACACAUCCGGUAUGAUGAAGACACUGGUGAGAACAACAUUGCAUUGCUACAACUCCAAGAGCACGUUGAGUGCAACAACCACCAGCUUCCUGUCUGCAUCCCCGAAAGAGACUUCGCGGAACACGUUUUAAUUCCAAAACUGGCUGGUACAGUCGGUGGCUGGAGAAUGGAAGGUGAUGAACUUCAAGGUGAUGAGUUUCAGGUUUCAUACCUUCCUGCUGAGGACUGCAACCAAAUACUCAACAUAAGCCUCACAAACAGGCAGUUUUGUGGACACCUCCAGGAGGCCGUAGACAAAGGACUGGCUGGAGGAAGCUUUUUAGCUACCGAGUAUAAGGGCACUUGGUUUCUGACAGGUAUCCUGGGAUCUUGGCCACUAGAAGACACUGAUUGGGAAACACUUCUAUUCACUAACACCGCGAGGUAUAUGAUAUGGUUUAAACAAAAAAUGAAGUAA